AUGCAGUUCAAACUUAGCCUCCCCCUGCUCGCCGCCACCGCCUGGCUUGCUUCAGCCCAAAAUGGGCCCUUCACCAUGCGAUGGUGGGCCGACCGCAACUGCAGAACACGCAGUCUGGGCUGCAACCGCUACGAAUCAUUCGAAUGCUGCCCGGCGCCGCCGUCGCCAUCCAGUUUCCCGGGCGUGCGCGCCACGUCGUCCGGUCCCGCCGGGAUCGUGGUCCACACCGAGGUGACCAGCAGCGGCGGCUGCGGGCUCUGCGUGGACACGGGCGCCCUCAACAACUGCUACCUCAACGCGCCCUUUCACACAAUGUUUGUGGCGCAGCUGUCGCAGUGCCAGCCUCACAUGCGCUCCCCCUUCCAGCACCCGAACGCACGCAUCCCGGUCCUGGAGCAGCAUGCCGAGUGCAACAGGACGGUCCCGAUCAACACCGCCACCAUCAACGGACAUGAAAAGUACCGCGGGCUCGCCAGCGAUGGCACCCCGACGACUUUGUCGACGACCUUGGCCACCGUCCUCUCCCCUACUUCAACCAUUGACGCCUGA